AUGGCGCGUCCGCAGCGAGUGUACGAGGCUUGGAAAGGGAACAAUAAAUUCUUCUUUGGUGGGAGGCUCAUAUUCGGACCUGACGCCAAGUCACUGAUCCUGUCUGUUUCGCUCAUUGUGGUCCCGGUAUUGGUCUUCUGCGGAUUUGUUGCUCGGCACCUUCGCCACCAUUUCCCGGAUUACAAUGCAGGAUAUACGAUCCCUGCGGUAGCCGUAGUAUUUAUGAUCUAUGUGCUAGUCCUGCUCUUGAUUACAUCAGCGCAGGAUCCUGGGAUCGUUCCCCGCGCGGCCCACCCGCCGGAGGAAGAGUUUUCUUAUGGGAACGCCUUGUCUGGGGGCACGCCUGGGGGGCUGCAAUUCCCCCGUGUGAAGGAAGUAAUGGUUAAUGGGAUGCCUGUGAAAGUGAAGUAUUGUGACACCUGCAUGAUUUAUCGGCCUCCUCGAUGCUCACACUGUUCGAUAUGCAACAAUUGCGUAGAGCGCUUUGACCAUCAUUGCCCCUGGGUUGGACAAUGCAUUGGACAGCGCAAUUACCGGUACUUUUUCAUGUUUGUUUCUUCCUCGACUCUUCUCUGCAUUUAUGUAUUUGCAAUGUCAGCCUUGUACAUCAAGUUUCUCAUGGACGAGGGUUAUCCAACAGUCUGGAAGGCUUUCAAACACUCUCCUGCUUCUUUGGGGCUUCUUAUGUAUUGUUUCAUUGCUCUCUGGUUUGUUGGUGGACUCACUGGAUUCCAUUUGUACCUCAUUAGCACCAACCAGACCACAUACGAGAAUUUUCGAUACAGAUCAGACAGCAGGCCUAAUAUCUAUAGUCAAGGAUGUCUGAAUAACUUUUUAGAAGUCUUCUGUAGCAAGACAAAACCUUCUAAACACAAGUUUCGGGCCUAUGCACAAGAGGAAGUGCGACCUCCAACAGUUAGCUUUGGUAGGGAGGUUGAAGAGGAGCCAGUUGGUGGUCCUCGGUCGAAAGUUGAAGAUGAUCUUGAAAUUGGCAGCGAUCUUUUGAAGAUCUCUCAGCGGCGCAAUUAUGAGGAUGUUGAUGUAGAAAUGGGAGGCCCUCACAGGCACAGCAGUGAGAUGGAAGGCAUAGCCAAUGCCAAACUUGUGACAUGUUCAGAAUCCCAGAUUCCUGCAGUUGGGAGUGACAACAAUGUGUGUGCAGUUUGGAUUGCAAGGCCAUUUAACUCUUGGUGGCUCACCCGGACAGCAAGGAAGAAAACGCCUGUCAUGCAUUUUGACUUUGACUGCCUUGAUUGGGUUUUCUUUCCGACCCUUGUCAAUUGUCAUUGGGAACCCAUCCUGAUUCCUCGAGAGUAUCUUCUGCUGGUCUUCUGGAUUCUGACUGCUGCCAAGGACUUACUGGAGGACUGGAGCAUGAAGCCCGCUGUGGGCUGUGCUGAUGGUGACAAACCAUAA